GACGGCGAUCAGUCAAGGAAGGGUGUCAGCCUUGCGACACUUCCGAUUAAUUUUUGUUUGCACAUGAAAGUCCUGUGAAUUGCAACGCCUAAAUUGGCACGCCAUUGCGCUGGCGAGCCGGGCUCGUCGUCUUGGAUGCGUUCUCAGCGCUACAUCCCCACACGCUCGCCUUCCUUCACCGUAUAUCCGGUUACUUUUCAGUCGGGAGAACGAUACGAAUAUGUCAUGGGCUCUGACGAGGCACGUUGGUGGCAGCGACCUAAGCGGUUUCAGAGUGGGUAGCGCUGUCGUUGAUCACUAUGAUGAUGCCCUGGGCGGCGCGCUCUCAUGGGCAGUGAGACGCCACUGGUCUUGUUCUCCCGUCAACCACGUUGACCCUGGCAUUUUCGCUCCAAUUUUCUCAUCACAUCAAUUUUUUUUCGUUGCGGUCUGUGGCAGUGACAUACAUCUGCCUGCCGGAACGAAUGGCCGAGGCCUCCCCACAGCUCACGAGGUUCGCAGGACUCUCACAGCGUAUACGGGCGCGCUAGUAGGCCGGGCUAGCAUGUUCCUCGCCCUGUCUUUAGCUUGCAUUCCACCGUUCCGAACGGAGGCUCACCACUAAACUAAUUCAUGAUCAUCGUCUCUGUCUCCGCACCCGCCGCACCGCUAAUGCCAUUCCAUCCGCGGCGGAGUUCACGUUCGUUUCAGGACAAAUCA